GGCAAAUCAUACCCCUUCAAGGGCCCAUUCCCACCUGUAUGGAAUCCAAUUACCUACCUAGACCAUAAUAACCUUUGGAGGACAAUGGAUGAUAUGGGGCAAGAGAUCCCCAGUGAUGCCCCAUGGAAGGCCCCCCUUGCGGAAGAGUGGGACCACAUGACCAUGAAGGAGCUGCUGAACAAGAUCUGCUGGACUAGCUCUGCAAAGCAGCUUGGCACUCUUUUUGUAAACCUGUGUGUCACUGCCGAGACUCAUGAGGUUUCUGCUCUCUGGUUCCUGUGGUACGUGAAGCAGUGUGGGGGCACGACCAGAAUCAUCUCAACAACCAGUGGAGGCCAGGAAAGGAAAUUUGUGGGCGGAUCUGGUCAAGUGAGUGAGCGGAUAAUGAAUCUCCUUGGGGACCGAGUGAAACUAGAGAGGCCUGUGAUCCACAUUGACCAAACAGGAGAAAGUGUCCUUGUGGAGACUCUAAACCAUGAAAUGUAUGAGGCUAAAUAUGUGAUUAGUGCUAUCCCUCCUGCUCUGGGCAUGAAGAUUCACUUCAAACCUCCUCUGCCCAUGAUGAGAAACCAGCUGGUCUCCCGUGUGCCUUUGGGGUCAGUCAUCAAGUGCAUUGUCUAUUAUAAAGAGCCUUUCUGGAGGAAAAUGG